ACUCUUUAGGGGACGGCUAUAAAAAGAAGCUGCAGGUUGGUUAGUUGUCAGAGCACAGAAGCGAAAGCGGUAAAGUUGCCAACUACAGCUAGUUAUCCUUUUGCGUCGCCGAAAAUAUUCGAUGAAUCUGUCUAGCCUUUUCCUUCUGGCCCUCGUGGCAUCCGUCGCUAUCUGCGCCGGAUCUGCCCACAGAAUAAGCCGGCCAGUAUCUCCAAAGGAGCCGUGUCAGGCCAUUACCACCACUCCACCAUGUGAGACAAUAACCACCACUACAACAAGCCCAGAACAGCCACCCUGUGAGCCGACAACCACUACAACACCAAAGCCCGAAGAGCCAUCUGAGCCGACAACUACCACAACACCUCCUCCAUGCGAGACGACAACCACUACCACUACGACAACAACCACAACAACGACAACCACUACCACAACUACAACAACCACAACUACAACAACCACAACAACAACAACCACAACAACAACUACUACAACAACCACGUCAACACCUCCAUGUGAGACAACAACCACUACCACGACAACCACUACCACAACUACAACAACCACAACUACAACUACAACAACCACAACUACAACAACCACAACAACAACAACAACUACAACAACACCUCCAUGUGAGACGACAACCACUACAACAACAACCACUACAACGACAACCACUACCACUACAACGACAACCACUACAACGACAACCACAACUACAACAACCACAACUACAACAACCACGACUACAACAACCACAACUACUACAACAACCACGACAACCCCAGAACAGCCACCCUGUGAGCCAACAACCACUACAACCCCAAAACCAGAUGAGCUCCCCUGUGAGCCUACAACCACUACAACACCAGCGCCAGAGGAGCCAGAAGAGCCCUGUGAGCCCACCACCACCACAACACCGCCUCCUUGUGAAACGACAACCACUACUACUACGACAACAACCACUACAACGACAACCACUACCACAACUACAACAACCACUACCACUACAACAACGACCACGACAACAACAACCACAACAACAACAACCACAACAACAACAACCACGACAACAACAACCCCAGAACAGCCACCCUGUGAGCCAACAACGACUACAACACCAAUACCAGAUGAGUCCCCCUGUGAGCUAAUAAGCACCACAACACCAACCCCAGAAGAGUCUCCAUGUGAGCCAACAACUACCACAACCCCACCUCCAUGUGAGACAACAACCACUACAACAACGACAACAACCACUACAACGACAACUACUACCACUACAACGACAACUACUACCACAACAACCACUACCACAACGACAACAACCACGACUACAACAACCACAACCACCACUACAACAACCACGACUACAACAACUACAACCACUACAACAACAACCACGACAACAACUUGUUCCCCAACAACAACAACGACAACAACCCCAGAACAGCCACCAUGUGAGCCAACAACCACCACAACACCAACCCCAGAACAGCCACCCUGUGAGCCAACAACUACCACAACACCACCUCCUUGUGAGACAACAACCACUACCACUACGACAACAACCACUACGACAACAACCACUACGACGACAACCACAACAACCACUACAACGACAACCACUACUACAACCACAACGACAACAACACCAGAACAGCCCCCUUGUGAGCCAACUACCACAACACCUCCCCAAAAAGCUCCCUGCACCCGCACCACAACUUCUGCACCACCUUGUGAAGAGACAACCACUCCGGCCUGUGAUGAGAGUGCUUCCGAUAAGCUGACAACCAAGCCAGCUAAGAAAACCAUUGCUAAGCCGAGCAGCACCAUCAAAGCCAUCGUCUCAGUCGGAACGAGUGCCAUGUGCGCUAACCGCGCCGAAGGAACCAUAAUCCAGGACCCGAACCAUUGCAGGAGGUACUAUGAAUGCCGCGGCGGACGUCGCCUGUUGCGCAAGUGUCGUACUGGUUUGUGGUAUGAUUCGGAGGCCGGAGAGUGCCUGCCACGCAGUGAGGUCCUGAACUGCCCGGCUCAACGUAACUAAAACCCUUUUGCCACCUUCAGUCAACUGGAAUGGGGCCAGAGCUUGCAUUGGUCCUUGCUAUCCGUAACUAACAGUAACCACCUACUCAAUAAACAGCAUAUUAAUCACAACCAA